AUGACAAUAAAGAGGAGAAGAGAAGAAGAAAUAGUAACAGUGGAGACACUAGCCAUGGCUAAUUGUGUCAAUAUUUUAGAGAAGAAUAGUUCACUAUCACGUCGAUUUUAUGAGUGCAAAACUUGUAAGAAGCAGUUUGAAUCGUUCCAAGCUUUAGGCGGACACAGAGCAAGUCACAAGAAACCAAAACUGGUAUUACCUUCAGAUUCGAUUAAAUCUAAGACGAAGAAACACGAAUGCUCUUAUUGCGGUGAAGAAUUUGUACUUGGACAAGCUUUGGGUGGACAUAUGAGAAAGCAUCGCGAUAAAUUAAUGGAGAAACCAAAGGAGACAAAUACUGCUGAGUUUUUGAAGACGAAGGAAAAGAUCGAGACGGAGAGUGAAAAUAAAUUUUGCUUAGAUUUGAAUUUGACACCGUAUGAGAAUGAUCAGUUGACGUUGGGGAUUAUCCCCGCGUUUACAGUAGUUCAUUCGUUGUUGUAG